UGGUGAGUGAAGUAGUAGAAAAGAAACUCUAUGAAGCGGCAUCAAAAGGGGAUGUAACAACACUUCAACAACUAGUUAAAGAUGAUCCAUAUCUUAUUCAUGGAGUCUCGUUUCCAUGUUCAAGAAAUCUUGUACAUAUAGCAGUGAUGCAUGGACACACAACCUUUGUUGAACAAGUGUUGAAGCUCAGUCCAUGGCUAGCGCGGAGCUCAGACUCCCAAACAUCGUCGCCUCUUCAUAUUGCAGCAGAUGAGGGGGACCUUGAAAUCACAAAAAGAUUGGUGUUGGUGGCCCCGGAGACGUGCUGGUGGCGAGACGAUCAAGGGAUGAACCCGGUUCAUAUUGCAGCUGUGAAAGGGCAUUUUAUGGUAUUGGCGGAGCUGCUUCGACUGGAUCUAUUUCCUGCUCGGGAGAGAGUGCAUCGUGGGCAGACCGUGUGCGUGAAACAUUGCCAAAUUGAGACAUUGAAGGUUUUGGUGGAAAAAUUGGGAGACUUAGUUUAUGCAAAGGAUGAUGAUGGGGAGACACUCUUGCAUUUGGCUGUUAGAUCCAAUCAACUUGAGGCGACAGUCAGCCCCCCAGGGGGCGUUUGGCAGGAUGACACGUCAUCACACAACGCGGGAGAAGCAGCGAUGGCAACCACUCAUCCCAAGGCAUACAAACUGAUGUUCCACUAUACUAGUAUAUAUGAUUACCUUUUCGAGUGUUUUAAUGCUUUUCUAUCAUGGUAUCAGAGUAAGUUCUGAGCGAUUACAUUUUGAAAGCUUUGAGAGUGUGUAAACAGAGAAAGGUAAUUCAAAUUGAAUCUUCACAUAGUCUCAAAAUAUUUAUUAUGAGAUUUAUGGUGGAUACAAAAAUGAUAAUAGUAUAAAUAAAAACAUCUACCAUCCUUGGACGGGCCAACGGCGAUGAGGAUAUGCGACCCAACAAACCUUCCUUUUGUUCGGAGGCUUCGUCUCCACGGUUUCUUGUUUCUUCUUGUGAGAAAAGAGUUUGAGAAGAGAUCUCCACCCUGACCUGUUUCUCUUGCAACGGUGGUUCCCGGCCUCGACUUCGCCCUCGUCCACGAGUCGCAUGGACUGUGAGAGCCUCUCGUAUGAGGUGGCGCGCGCCACGUCUGACGCCACCAGAGAGCUGGCGCACCUCCGCACCAGUGCGCUCUCCUCCAAUCCGAAGCUCUCCAUUCUCAAUUGCAAUGAGGUCAAUGAUCAGUUUUGA